AUGGCUGAUGCAAAUGGGGUCAACAAAGGAGCAUGGACUGCCGACGAAGACCAGACACUAACACACUUCGUCGAAAAACACGGCCCCAGGCGGUGGAAAUCUUUAGCUAUCUUAUCAGGAUUGAAUAGGUGCGGAAAGAGUUGUAGACUGAGAUGGUUGAACUAUUUGAGACCCGACAUCAAGAGGGGCAACAUUUCCGAUGCCGAGGAGGACUUGAUAAUAAGGCUUCAUCGACUCCUCGGAAAUCGGUGGUCCUUGAUCGCGGGUCGACUUCCCGGGAGAACUGACAACGAGAUAAAGAACUAUUGGAACGCUCAUCUGAGAAAGAAAGCCAAGUCGUUAUCAAUGGACAAACUACCGGUGCAAGCCGCUACUAGUGCAGUUGAUCAAGAAAUGUUGCAAAACAAUCUACAUGAUGAUGAUGAUGACGACGAUGAUGAAGGUGAUUGUGAUGGUGAUGAUGAGGAGAGUAGUAGUAGUCGGCUGGUGGAGCUGAGCUCGGAUAUUGGGGACGACCGAUCGUUUGAUUGUACGACAGGAGGAUCGUAUAGGUUGGAUUGGGUCAAAAGUUUUCUUGAACUCGAGGAAAAUGAUCCUUAG